AUGGCUUCUGGAUCCACUUCUUCCGGCUCUGGGAGAAGGGGGCUGGUGUCUUGCGCGCACAGCCUCAACUGCCGCGUCGAGGAUGCGCCUCUGCCUCUUUACCCCGACCUCGAAAAGGCCGUCUACGAGCUCAUCGUCGGCUUCUACGACCAGGCGUUCGACCGGCUGCCCUGCGACAGGAUUCCGGGCCUCCGCGACCUGCUCACCACCGCCGGCACCUGCCUCGGCCUCCUCGACCCCGUCUCCAACAUCAUCCUCAACACCCUCGCCCUCCUCCCCGAAGGUGCCGCCGCCGCAGCUUCCACCGCUCCACCCGCCACAAAGAAGUCCAGAAGACUAGUGCGCAAGGCCUGGGCCUGGCACGACAUUGCAAACAGGUCCUACAACAGUCUCCUGGCCUUCCUCAUGGCCUACUUCGGAUGUCUCUGCACCAAGGAACAGGCCGCCCGCUACAUCUACUGGGCGGGCGCCAAUCUCAGCCUCGCCGUCAUGCUCGUCGAAUACGAUCUCUACUAUAGGGUGGAGGAUGCACUGGACCCUGAAUCCGGCAGGACGCAGGCUGCCCUCGAGUGGGCGGCCACCAUCGCAGGUCACCCUUCCCCCACCGUUUUGACUAAGCUCAUGUCAUCCCAGCUCAAAGACGACGACUUUCACCUUCUGGAGAGGCAACUCUUUUCAGCAGCAGAUACCCCUCUCAAGGCUGAUGAUGUCAGAGAAAUCGACAGCAUAUUGCGCAUGAUGAUGAGCCCGCCCUGUGUUGCCAGCGUAAGCCAUACCACAAAAGGGCUGGUUGUCCAUGUUCGUCAGAACCUCGACACCGUGUGGUCGACCACCCCCUCCGCUACAGAGGACACCAGGACCACCUCCACCGCUCUCUGCUGGGACGGAAAACCCAUCUCGUCGCUGCAGUGCGGACUGCCUGACAAGCUAGAACGUUGCCUGGAAAGAGCAGCUGGCCUGGAACAAUAUUUGGAGAACCUGUGCAGCAGUGACGCCUGCGAUUACCUGCAUACUCUCAAGAUGCACCUCCACGGUAUGAUUCAUACCUACUGCGUCAAGGUGCUCAAGCUGCUGCCCAAACCAUCCGGCUCGCUCAUGCGCGCCUUCCUCAUGGCCGGCCACUGCUACGGCUCCAUGGACCCUAUCUCCAACAUCAUCGUCAACUCCAUUUGGUACAACAGCCACGGCUGCCCUCUCCCAGAGUCUGAACGCAGCAAGAUUGAGCAAUACAAUGACAUCCUGGACCCCCUAUCUCUGCUCCGCACACAGGUUCACUCCCUCAAGGGCCUUGUGGAGCUCGCCAAAUUCGCCAUCCCCCAGUUCUCAACAGAGGGUUGUGCUCUGGAGUUGCUCUGCAGUGCAGGAUGCGACGUUUUUGACAGGUUUCCAUUAUCGGCAGAGAUGUUUAAAGAGAAGAAGCUCUUCCAUGAAGUUGCCAAGGCCGCUGGACACCCUCUACCGUUUCAGCUGGGUGAACUGCACGAGAUGCUGAUGGUAACACCCGAGGGAAAAGCGCUGCUCUCCUUGACGUCCGAGGCUCAAAUUCAAUGUAGUGUGUUGCGCAUCGAGGACAUGACAAAUCAUAUAAGCCGCAUGUGGCGCGGUUGGGUGGCUGCUAAAACUGGUGGCGUUGUGCAAGCUCCUAAACUUUUUCCAAAGUCUUUGAUGUUCGUGUCAAGCAUGAGAUCAAAGUAUGAGGAGCGGAGGAGUUGGUUCCGCUCAAAGAUUGAACAGGUGCUGAGGGAUUACACAACCCAGCAUUUUUGGGAGCAGCAGUAUAAACUUGAUAUUAUCUGUGGCGUGGAGGCAAUCAACCAAGGCCGCCCCCCCUUGGGUGAGAUGUGCUACCGCGUGAACUUCACUGCUACUUCUCAUUUGGAGCGUGAGAGGAGGCUAUUCUUCGCUGAGUUUUUGUUCUCAGGUGGGCCAAGGCCAGAGACCUGCUGCCCUCUACCUUAUGACUAUGCAGGCCGUUGCUACUAUGGUGAGCAAACCGCGAGGAAAAUUGUGUAUCCUGAUGACGCCAAAUACAUCCCGCACGAUAUCACCCAUCCUGGAACCCGACGCGUGGAUGACAUGCUAGAGAUGGACGUCGUCCACUUCAGUUCCGAGAUGGACGUGGAGCUUGCAGAGAAACUCAACAAGAUGCAUGCCAAUUGA